ACUUCACAGCAUCACCAUCUCAGUCCCGCCGCCGCCACCACCGCAUCCCGAGCAGUAGUCCAGUUCGCCGGAGAAGCAAGAUGGCCGGAAGGAAGGGAGGCGACAGGAAGAAGUCCGUGACCCGCUCCGUCAAGGCCGGGCUCCAGUUCCCCGUCGGCCGCAUCGGCCGCUUCCUCAAGAAGGGCCGCUACGCCCAGCGCGUCGGCUCCGGCGCCCCCGUCUACCUCGCCGCCGUCCUCGAGUACCUCGCCGCCGAGGUCCUGGAGCUCGCCGGAAACGCCGCCAAGGACAACAAGAAGAGCCGCAUCGUGCCGCGCCACCUGCUUCUCGCCAUCCGCAACGACCAGGAGCUCGGCAAGCUGCUCGCGGGGGUCACCAUCGCCCACGGCGGCGUGCUGCCCAACAUCCACUCCGUGCUGCUCCCCAAGAAGGCCGCCGAGAAGGCCGAGAAGGCGGAGGCCACCAAGUCGCCCAAGAAGAAGAAGGCCGCCGCCGGCAAGACCCCCAAGAAGGGCGCCGCCGCCACAGAGGAGUAGAUCGUGUGCCAGCUUAGUUCACCCGAAAGACAGGUGGUAGAGUGUGUGUCUUGGGUUAGAGUCGUGUAUGUAUGUGAUCCUGGUUCGGAAGACAACAUCUGGUUGUGUCUGGUCCCCGUUCUUGCAAAUGGAAUCUGAGAACCGAAUUGCUUAGCCA